AUGAUCAGCAAUAUAACGCCUCAUAAUGCUACCCAUACCUCACUCUCGUUAUUGCUUUUCCUAGUUCUCCUUGUAUCUCAGAGUCUGGUAAAGGCAUCCUCUCCUAACGACGGCCCUCCUACCACUACGGUGAUUGACAUUUUGUCUGAAAAUGCCGAGUUCAGUACAUUUCUGUUGACUUUGCAGCGGAGUGGGCUCAUUGAGUCCGUGAAUGACCUGGCGAACUUCACUCUGCUUGCGCCAAUCAACAGCGCCUACAGCCUUGAUUCCGUUGCGCUUGCGCCAAAACUUUCGCUGCACGAUCUCAAUCGGUACAUAAUCUCCGAGCCUUUGGUAUCAUCGGAUAUAGCCGGUGUCAAAAUAAGUGCUGAUAUGAACCAAUCACCGAUUUUGCUUGACUACACGACAGACAUAAUGAUGAUAGACCAGGCUACUGUUGUGGAGGCCGAUUUGGAAGCCCGUUCUCAGGACGCUGUUGUGCAAGGAAUCGAUAUCCUUCUACAAGAACGACCAAAUUUGUGCACUGUACUGCGAACAUUGUUCGAUGGAGAAGAGACCAAGUCAUUCAGUAAAAUCUUGGGGUCUGACUGCUUGACUUUGGAGAAUGUCACGGGACUGAUACCUCUAGAUUCGGUCUCUCUUUUUGAUGAGCACGAGAUCUCGUAUCUUUUGACUCACGAGGGAAAGGAGGACAGAGAAUUGUUUUUGAAAAGCCAUUUUCUAAAAGGAUAUAUUGGAGGAGUGCUGGAAGGAGAUGAGAGUACCUACCAGGAUUUACUGAACCAAACGGUUCAAAUACGGAGCCAUCAAGGUGGGCAAUUGAUCCAAUUUGAGAACUUCACCACGGAUCUGACAAACUAUCCUUCAUACAACACACUGCUCCACUUUUUCAACGAGAGCAUACUCCCUGACCUGGUUCACAUCACUCCAAGGAAGUAUCUGCUUGGGCUGAAUCAGUCGGAUUUCGUUCAAGAACUGGAUUUCAGAGAUCUCUCGUACUUGAUUGACGAUUCAAGUAUCAACCAGACAAUCUUUGUUUAUCCCAGCAGUGAGGAUAGCGUGAGAGAUAUAGGCACCAUGGGUGUCCACAAAAAUAGCCUGAUGUACCAGUUUGUCGGGGAAAAGGUGGACAUUCAUACUGAUAGGUUGGUAGAUUCAAAAUUUUGUGGUGGAAAACUGGGCAAAAAUUGCCAGAGAAUCAAGAUAUCAUCUUUUGGGGAUGAUGGCAGCUUUUUGAAUAAUCACGUCUACGUUCACCACGAGAAGUACGAGGCUGAUAACACAGUCAUUUAUCUCAUCGACGACAAUCUGACACUACCUCCUCGUUUGGAGGUUUCAGUGAGCCCAUUUCUAGGAUGCUCGAAAGCAUUGAGGUAUUUGAAGGAUUUUAGUCUGCUAUCGUUGCCGGACAACAAGCAAGGCUAUACGGUGUUUUUGCCCUGUUACGAUUCUUGGAAAGAUCUUGGCCUGACAUUGAAAUACCUCCAGUCUAACUCGACGGCCAUGAAGAUGGCUAUGCAAAGCUUGGUGCUGAACGGGUUAGUGUAUAGUGAUUUCGAUGGAACUUCUAACCUGACCAGCAUUGGCGGGUCAAAAACCCAGGUGAAGUCAUCAAUUAAGGAUGAGUGCAUGCAGAUCAACAACGUCAAUGUUCAGGUUGAGCAUAACUCCGAUGUUUUGUUUGCACAAGGUGUUGCUCAUGCGAUCAACAAAUUUGUGUUUCCAGAUGAUCUAGAAAUCACCUUGAAGAAUCUAGUGGACUCGACCGACUCUGAGCUGUUCUCCAAAGUAAUGGAGCUGACCAACUUGACGUAUAUUUUCGAUUCAGGCCAGGACUACUCAUUGCUUCUCCCCACAUCGAGGUCUUUGAAAAUUGACAACAUCACCACGACUAGAGAUAUUGACUAUCUCGAAAAGCUGGUUAAGCUGCACAUCCUUCCAGGUGAUGCUGCCGAGAAGCUGAGAAACUGCGAGUCAAAGAUCCCAACGUUGCUUAACGGAACGCAUCUUUCUUGCAGAGAACUGUCCACUGGCAACUACAUGCUGCAAAUAGUUGAAGGAUUAGACCACGAAGUGCGGGUCCUCCAGCACGGUUUUACAACCUCGCCGAAUAGGACAGGAAUGUUCUUAAUAGACCGGCCCAUAUCGCCGAGAUGGCUAGAGAAUCCAGAUGGUGAUGGGAAGCUCCGUAUUCAUCUGCCUGGUUUUGCCAUCGCGAUCGGUGUCAUUAUCGGAAUGAUUACUUUGCUUUUACUCAUUUUAUGCUGCUUAGUGCUGUCUGCAGGCAAAAACAAAUCAUUUGACGAUGAUGAUGGAGAACGAGACCCUCUGGUUUCGGGAGCUUCAACUAUUCCUGGAUCACCACGGACUCCCCGGCCAUAUGCUCAACAUAGACACGGACAGGGUAAUAGACAGUAUGGUGCAGCGACGACAAUCCAGGAAGAAAUCGCCGAAAAUACCGCUUUCAACGAGACAGGAUAUUCAGGUAAUGCAUCCACCAAGCCUAUUGAGGUUUCGAGGGAGGGUUAG